AUGUAUGUACAGUUUACUGCAGGUUUAGGCAUUAGACAAAAACAAGCUAAAACAAUUGCUAUUCAACGUCGUAUAAAUAAUCUUGGUCAACGAUAUUAUGAUGGUGCUAUUAGUGCUAUGGAAUACUUGAACGGUAUAUCAUUUACAGUUGCUAAACAGAAAAAAUGAGAAAUUGAUUUUUUUUCAUUACCUAUAUUUUAUCUCUGUCGGAACGUUCACAUUAACUCAUAUAAUAAAGUAUGUUCCUUAUUAUUCACAAUUCGAUGAAAUAUUUAUCACCCACUUUCCAUAUCAAUAUUAUUUUUUUGACAUUUUUCCACUUCGAUAUUUUUCAUUUCGACAUUUUCCCCCUUCGUUCUUUCGACAUUUUUACGGCCAACCUAUUUGUUUUCAACAUUUUUUCGUUCUACCAAAUUCAUACAUACCCAAUAAACUUUUGGGCAUUUUCUUUGAUUGAUUGGAAGUUAUGAAUGGAUUUCUCUUCAAUUUGCUAACGUCUGAUAAGAAGCAUUAUUUGGAACAAUUAUCUUUUUUUUUAUAUGAAUAAGUCAUCACCCUAUUUUAGUGUCUAUCGACUCUACACUGUUCUGGUUACAAGUUUACGACAAAAAAUAUCAAACAGCAGAGUCAUUUAAAUCAAAAGUUUCAUUAACAUCAAUACGCGAAAAAUCCUAUGUUUUACAAAAGCUGAUUUCAGAUAAAAUCCUAUAUUUUUAAAAACUUCUGAUCGGAGGUCAGUGUAUAUGGUGUCUACGAUAUGAUUGUAUAAAAACCUUGAUUAUGUCCACCAUGUUAUUACAAUGUUGACUCAUUUGUUUUAAUCGAAUAAGAGAACAUUCUCAACUUUUUAUUUGUUAACCACGAUAAUCAGCACCGAUAUGCUGUAAAAACUAUAUCCUUAGAAUUCCUAAAGACUUUCUGAAUUAUUUCCGAUCUGAAACUAUUCAAGAGUUUCUGAACAAAGGUCUGCGAAUGCUCUGUAACUCUGAACUAAUCCAACUAUAACGAUUUAUACAAUACAAAUCUCUGAAAUCGAUUAAUAGUUUUCGAUUUUAGUAAAACUCUUCUUCUAGUACAAGGAAUAGCAACUAAUAUGAGACAAACUAGAAAGUUUCUUCAACUAACCAUGAUGCUUUCUACAACUCCGAGCUAGGAAAGUCAAGUCUUCUUCACAUCAUAAGUCAAAUAAAGGCAAGUCAGAAUUGUAACAAAUUUUCUCAAGUGAAGUCAAGUAACACUUGAAUUCACUUGAUUGGGACUUGAGGUGUUUUUCACUUGUCUUGCCCAGCUCUAACAAACGAUGAUUAGAUAUAUGUAAACGAGACAGGAACUAUCAAAGCUAUUUAGAAAAUAAAUGCGGAAACUUCAGAUUUUAUCCGAAAGUUAAGUGUACUACAAAAAGUGAAUCAGGCAGAUUGAGUCAUCGUAGAAUGACUCGGCAGCUAAAUUAUCAUCAGACACCUGUUCUAUAAACAGGACUUCUAUUUACUCUUGCACGUAGGA